ACACUCACACAUCUGCUCGACACUGACUAACAAGGAGCGUUCUUCUGAGUGACACGGGGGCUUUUAACAUUUGGACCAUAGACGUCUGAGCACAGGGUCAUGACGACGACUUCCAAACCUGGACCGAAUGCACUUUAGAAAGUUGCCUUUCCGAGAGUUUCUCGCUUCUUGAUGGAAAUACAGGUCUUUGAACAGUUCUCGCUACAAAAACGGCUCGAUUGAUUUGGUCCGAGCUUCUUAUCUGCGUCGCUUCAGUCAAAGUGGACGUAACCAGACCUUGUCCGGUCUCUUGGAGCGAUCCAUGCAAUAACAUUUUAACUUUUGUCGAUCAAUCCGGACUAAAUCAUGUCAGACAACAUCCUGGAAGAGCUCUUCAUUAAAAGAUCUCAGCAGAAGAAGAAAACAUCUCCACUGAACUACAAGGAGAGGUGGUUCGUCCUCACUCAGGAAAAGAUCUCAUACUAUGAUUAUGAUUUGGACAAAGGGAAGCGAAAGGGUUUAAGAGGGUCAGUUGAUGUAGAGAAGAUCAAGUGUGUGGAGACGGUCCAGACGGAGCCCAACACCCCACAGGAGCGCCAGUAUCCAUUCCAGAUCAUUUAUGACGAGGGACCAUUAUACAUCUUUGCAAAGAGUGAAGAUGUUCGGGCCCUCUGGAUAAAGACGCUCAAAGAGUUGGUGCGCUUCAACAAAGACCUGAUGCAGAAGUAUCAUCCUUGUUUCUGGCAUGAUGGGAUGUGGCUGUGCUGCCAGCAGGAAGUUAAACUAGCCAUGGGUUGCAAAGUCCUGGAUACAAAGAAUGGUUUUAAAUCUACACAAUCAAGCCGGAGGGCAUCCAGGAAACCGCUUCCUCCAACACCAGUAGAGUUUCAGGAAAAGCAAGGUCGUCCUUUACCUCCGCAGCCUCCUGAGCCGCCGGCGCCCUCCGCCAGCAUGACUGUCAUAGCUGAGUAUAGUUACACGGCCAUGACGGACAUGGACCUGGAGCUGAGGAAGGAUGAGGAGUACACCAUCCUGGAGAAGUCGGACCCCAACUGGUGGAAAGCCCGAGACAAAUAUGGAAAAGAAGGCUAUAUACCAAGUAAUUAUGUUGUGGAAGCAGCAAGUGGGCUUGAAAGAUUCAAUUGGUACAGCAAGAACAUGAACCGCAGCCAAGCGGAGCAGCUGUUAAAGUCUGAGAACAAAGAUGGAGGUUUCUUGGUACGGGACUCGAGCAAGGCUGGGAAAUACACGGUGUCUUUGCUGACGAAGGUUGGGGGGGAAACAGGUGGUAGCUGCAGACAUUAUAACAUCUGUACUACCGCGCAGGGCCAGUUUUACCUGGCGGAGAAGCACCAUUUCAACACUAUCCCAGAGCUCAUCAACUAUCACCAGCACAACGCAGCAGGUAUGGUUAGCAGGCUGAAGUACAUCGUGUCCAACCGGGCUCAACCUCCAUCAACAGCAGGACUGGGCUAUGGUGUGUGGGAGAUCGACCCCCGCUACCUCACCUUCAUCAGGGAGCUGGGCACCGGUCAGUUCGGAGUGGUGAAGUACGGAAAGUGGCAGGGCCAGCACGACGUGGCCAUCAAGAUGAUUAAAGAGGGCUCCAUGUCUGAAGACGACUUCAUCGAAGAAGCCAAGAUCAUGAUGAAACUUCGCCAUGAGAACUUGGUCCAGCUGUAUGGCGUCUGCACUAAACAACGACCUAUUUAUAUUGUGACGGAGUUCCUUGUGAACGGCUGCCUGUUGGGAUACCUGAAGGAGGGCCUGACGCAGCACCCAACGCCUAUCCAGCUGCUGGAGAUGUGUAAAGAUGUCUCUGAGGGCAUGGCCUAUCUCGAGUCCCAGCAAUACAUCCACAGAGACCUGGCUGCCAGGAACUGCUUAGUAGAUGGAAAUGGCACCGUCAAAGUGACUGACUUUGGCCUAUCAAGGUAUGUUUUAGAUGAUGAGUACACAAGCUCGGCGGGCUCAAAGUUCCCAGUUCGCUGGUCGCCCCCUGAGGUCCUUCUGUACUGCAAAUUCAGCAGCAAGUCUGACAUCUGGGCAUAUGGGGUUCUAAUGUGGGAGGUGUACACUUUGGGCCGGCUACCAUAUGAACGGCUCAAUAACACGGAAAUAGUGGAUCAGGUUUCCCGGGGCCUUCGUCUCUACCGCCCCCAGUUGGCCAAUGAGAAGGUCUACAGCAUUAUGUCAAGCUGCUGGCAUGAGAAAGCAGAUGAGAGACCCACCUUUCAAGAGCUGGCUCUGAAUGUCCAGGAUUUGCUUUAUGAGCUCCAGUAGACCACAGAAUAAUCUAGCAACACAGACAAACGACAGAGAAGCGUCUCCACCACUCGCUGGAAAGUUAACAGUUAACAGUUAACAGCUUCAAGCCGGGGCUGAACAGGCAUGCCAAAGUCCUCUGUAAUGUGAAUAUGUGGAACAUGAAUGUCACUAUGACUUAUUUACUAGCUUUUACAUCACAUUAAUAGAAGUACAGUCCGAGGGGUACAGCCCUUUAUCAUCCAGAAUACGAACAUUUUACUGACGACUGAGGUUUAAAAUCUGUUCUGAGUAUAUUCUGUAUAUUAUAUUCUCUGGAAUUAUGGAUUAAUGUAUACAACUUUAUAUGUGAAAACAAGCUUUGUAAGCUCAUAUGUAUUGCACAAAUAAAAGCCAAGUAUGCC